AUGUCGGCAAUUGCGAACCUUUUUACCAGCACCCUUGCAGGUAUUGCCACGGCGCAAUCGAAUUCGCCGUUCCAACAGUGUGUCAAGAAGGCGCUGAGCCAUGAUGACAGUCUCUAUUCCUUCCCGCAGGAUAUUCUCUACCAGGUGCAAGAUGUGAAAAUCUACAACCUCGACUAUCCGGUCAUUCCGGCCGCGGUCGUGUACCCGAAGACCACGCAGCAGACCUCUGAUGUCGUGGUGUGCGCGCGCGAAGCAGGAAUCCCAAUCCAGGCGCGCAGUGGAGGGCAUAGUUACUGCAACUAUGGUUGGUAUAUAUGCAGACUGGUGUGGCAAGUACGCACGCUGAUACAGCCCCUCAAUAGGUCGCGGUGGAGAGAACGGCUACUUGAGCGUAGACAUGAAGAAUAGAAAAGAGUUUACAUACAAUCAUCAAGAUCACACGAUCACUUUCGGGCCAGGCAAUAGGCUUCAAGAUCUUACAAACAAGAUGAAGCCAUUCGGUAGGACUAUGGCAUAUGGGCCUUCUGGACACAUUGGUUCCGGCGGACAUAUGACGAUCGGGGGUAUCGGCGUAUUGGGAAGACAGCUGGGACUCGGAGUAGACCAGGUAGUGGAGGCGGAAUGCGUCCUUAGCAACGGCACGGUUGUCAUGACUUCUGCAACCUCAAGCUCCGAUCUCUUCUGGGCCAUUCGCGGUGCUGGCUUCUCCUUCGCCAUCGUCACUCGAUUCACGAUGCGGACAGCACCGGCGCCAGGAGACAUUGUCCAGUUCAGCUACAACAUCACGACAGGCAACGCGAAAGCCUUGGCGAGCACCUUCAGAGCAUGGCAAGACUUCGUCGCUCAACCACACUUGACCCGCCGCUUUGGCUGCACCCUUUCCCUCUUCGACAAAACCCUCGUCUUUGGCGGAACAUAUUUCGGCCCUCGCGGAGACUUCAAUCAGCUCAACCUCCGACGCGUCCUGCCCGGUGGAGAUUCCAAAGGUCUCAACGUCCAGAGCUCCGUCGCCACGAAAGCCUUCAAAGAUGUAGAAUCCUUCGCUCUGGACGCGUUCGGUGGUAUCCCUGCGCAUUUCUACGCCAAGUCCCUGAAGACGACAAAUCGCACGCUUCUCUCGGAGCGUGCUAUCGAUGCCAUGUUCAAUUAUAUCGAGACGGCUGAUAAAGGGCCCGUACCUUGGUUCAUCACCUGGGAUCUCGAAGGUGGUGCGAUCGCGGACGUGCCGCAGACCUCUACCGCCUACUGGAACCGAGAUGCGGUGUACUUCAUGCAGAGCUACGUGAUCAGUCCGGUCGGUAAGACGCCCGAUACUUCGAAGCGCUUCCUCUCCGGAUUGAACGCCGUGGUCCAGCGUGAGACCGGAAUAGAUGAUUCGGCGUAUCCCGGGUAUGUGGACAAUCAGCUGCAGCAUCCGCAAAAGGCAUAUUGGGGAGGUAAUCUGGAGAGAUUGGAGAGGGUGAAGGCCAUGUAUGAUCCGGAGAAUGUCAUUCGCAAUCCGCAGAGCGUCAGGCCUGCUAGGGGCGCGUGA